AGGAUAAUUCUAAAAAAUGAAAAGCAUCUUAAUAUAAGCCAAAAGUUACUUAAGAAAUCUCUACAGGAAUUGAAUUCCCAAAUUCACAGUGCGAUGGCGCCGAGCAUCCGAUCCAAAUCGGUCGUUCUCCUGAUUUUCGUGCAGUUGUGCUUCGCACUCAUCUCUUCGUCGCUUGCAGCUUCUCCUGUAUCCAGUGAAGGUCACUCCAUUCAUGGUCGAGUUAAGAUCCCAAGUUACGGGGCUAUUGGAUUUGGUCUUCCUGGGAAAAUAUCAAACAUCAAAGUUAUACUCAAUGGUGGCCAAAGGGUGACCUUUUUGAGGCCUGAUGGAUUUUUUUCAUUCCAUAAUGUGCCAGCAGGUACUCAUCUCAUUGAAGUGGCAGCAAUAGGGUUCUUCUUUUCUCCGGUUCGAGUUGAUGUUAGUGCCAGAAACCCAGGUAAGGUUCAGGCUGCACUAACAGAGACCAGGAGGGGACUGCAUGAGUUUGUUUUAGAGCCAUUGAGAGAGGAACAGUACUACGAGAUAAGGGAGCCCUUCAACAUAAUGUCGAUCGUGAAAAGCCCAAUGGGUUUGAUGAUGGGAUUUAUGGUGAUUGUCAUGUUUGUAAUGCCCAAAUUAGUGGAGAACAUGGAUCCUGAAGAAAUGAGACGAGCACAAGAAGAAAUGAGAAGCCAAGGGGUUCCAUCUCUAGCUAACUUGAUACCUGGGGCUGCUGGUAGAAGCUAGUGGAGCAAAGAUCCCAACCGGCGUGAGCCAUCCUCUGCCUCUGCUCACCCAACGGCCUUAUUUAUAUGAACAGAAGCCAGAAAGCUCUAAUCCUAAACAUGAUGGAGAAGAGAAUAGGCUUUUGGCAAAAACUUCAUAAAGGAAAUUUUUUCUAAAUGCUAUUCCUUUUUGGGAUUGGCUUGACACAAAUGUGCUGCUGCCUUGAACUUGAUGACUUAUUUUUGGAAUGAACUUUAGUAGAAAUAGAUCUUUUUUUUUGUUAGAUCUUGUACGUAUAGUAUUUAUACAUACGCAAGAGGUACCAAACACUUCGUUAUUUUGAAUUGCACUUAACUAGAGUUGUAUUUGAUCUUUGCAAUACCAGCUCUUUAUUUACAGGAA